AGCAUUUCUUGUCUUUGAAAUUAAUUUUGAAUUUAUUUUUUGAUUCAAACUUUAAUUUUGAGAUAAUUUUGUCGUUUCUUUUCGAUUGGAUUUACACUUAAUUUGUGGCCAAAAUAGUCUUGUGUUGACUCAUCUGAUCCCAAGAGAUGCCGAACGAUAGCCUAGACCUCGGGUUCCUCUACCGGACAAUGAUCGAAAGGGAUCCCAAGAAGAGGAAAGUAAAACCGGUUGAGAGUCUGAUAUUUGCCACAGAUUUGGAUGACAGCGACGACGACAGCGAAUACGUGCCCAACGAUACCGUCGAAGACGACGACGAUAUCGACGACGACUCCAGUGAUGGCAACGAUAAGAGCGCUGACAAUGAAGACGAUGACGACGACAGCGAUGAGGAGCCGAAGUCAAGCAAAGAUAACAGUAAAUUAAAAUCUAAGAAAUCUGUGUCCAAACCAUCGGAUUCUUUGGCGACUGUCGGCCACAGAACACCUCCGCGACAGACAUUCAGCGCAACUCCAAUACUGGUCUGUAGUGUCUGUUUGGGUGAUAUUUCUCGAAGCGAUGAUGAAAUCGUUGAAUGCGAUUCGUGUGGUAUAUCAGUACACGAAGGGUGUUAUGGUAUUUGUUCCGAUGACACUGAAUCAGUUCAUUCCAAUACAUCUUCGGCAUCAACUGAGCCGUGGUUUUGUGACCCGUGUCGGGCCUGUGUCUCCAAUCCGUAUUGCGAAUUGUGUCCAAAUUCAGGCGGAAUAUUCAAAGCGACAGAUGUUGGCCGUUGGGUUCAUAUGGUGUGCGCGCUAUACAUACCCGGCGUUGCAUUCGGUGACGUCACACGACUCACGGGACUCACUCUUUUUGAAUUACCCUAUUCUCGAUGGGGUCUUAAAGCGUGCAUUUUGUGCGAAGACGACAGACUCAGCCGAACCGGUAUUAGUAUCUGUUGUGACGCAGGAAUGUGUAAAUCCUAUUUCCACGUGACGUGCGCUCAAAGAGAGGGACUGCUAUCGGAGUGCCAUUCGGCCGAAGAAGUGGAUCCAUUCAUCGCUUACUGCAAACUACACGCCGACAGAACCACUGUUAAAAGCAAGCGUAGAAAUUGGUUGGCUUUGCAGUCAAAGUUCAGAUCCGUAUUGAAUCCAAUUACAAACCAAAGGAUUAAGGAAAAACUUUUUAAACAACGAAACAAAUGGUCCGAAAGUCGAUCCGAAAUUGAAGGAAACGUUUGGGUCCCCACUCAGAAAAUACCCCGACUUUUACAGACGUGUCCAUCAGUUAUGAAGAGAUUAAUCAGAAAAGCAGAACUAUUAGGACUGAGCCCUCAGACGCAUAUAGUAUGCCAUGAAGUGGGAGACGUGCGGCGCAAAUGGCACGUCCCGCCGGCCUUCUCUCUCGAGUUCAUCAGCUAUUAUAUCGAUCGAAAUAAUAGGAUGUCUUCAAUGAAGAAGCGUAACGAAGAACUGAUCGUUCAGAACAAUCAACUCAAAGAAACUGAGAGAACAACGCGUUUGUCAUACGAUAAGUGUCUUCAAAAUUUGGAUCAAAUGAAAGAAGAGACGGAUAGUCUUCGGACUGGCGUUAAAAGUUAUUUCAAUAUUUUGAAUCAAUUGUCGAAUCAAAGCAUUCCUUUACCAAAACUGUUGGAAACAAUGGAAGCGAACAGAAAAGAGAAAUCAUCGCUGAAUGAGUCGAAAAGCAGACACAGCUCUGCUAUAAAGAUGGAUGAGUGCGGGAUCUGUCACCAGACCAAAGAUCAGCAUCAGUUGGCGUUGUGUGACUCGUGUCACCUCUAUUACCACCUCUACUGUCUGGACCCACCGCUCACUCGAAUGCCCAAAAAGACCCGAUUCGGCGGAUGGCAGUGCUCUGACUGCACCGAACAACAGGACGAGACACAAGACAGUGACAACAACGACAACAAUGACGACAGCAAUGAGUCCGCCCCGAAGAACGCUCCCCGAAGACUACGAGAACACGUGAAGGGACCCAAUAAGUACGAUCCCGAGGGUUACUCUCCUCCCCCUUCCAGCCUAUCGUUUGCCUCCAAAUUAGGCAAAAGAAAAUUGGGUUCAAAUUCGGGCAAAAAGAAGAAAAAGAAACCAAAAACAGAAGAUAAAAGUGACGAAACAUCAGAGACCAGAACUAAAACCAUUCGAAAGCCUAUGAAAGCAAAGAGAGUUCCCGAGAAAGAAGAAGAAGUUUGCUUUAAUUGCAAUCAAAUGGCGUCUAUUAAAGAGCGAGUUCUAUGCGAUAAUUGUCAUAAUAAUUACCAUUUGAGUUGUUUGGAUCCACCCAUGAAGAAGACACCCAAACAACGAGGUUAUACCUGGUUUUGCCACAACUGCGACCAAUCGGACGAAGAAGAAGAAGAAGAGGAGGAGGAGGAAGAAGACGACGAUGAAGAUGAAGACGGAGAUAAUGGAGAAGACGCCGAUCAGGAAGAGGAAGAUAAAGAUUAAAUAAAUACCUUUUAUAUUGCAAUUAAUACAAUGUGCUAAACAUUAUAACAAUUUAUCCAUAAAACACUUAAAUGUCUGCUAAUUAAGCAAAUAAUUGCCUUUUUGUAUACCAUAUCCACAAAUCAAUUCAUAAAAUGUCAAAAUUGUAGUUUUGAUUACUAUUAAUA